AUGGUGUAGUUAAAAGAUGGAACUAUUUUGGUAAAAGAACAUUUAUCUAAUUCUGCUUUUGUUGCUUAUACUGAUGAUUCAACUAUACAUAUAGCUUCUGGUUGUAAAUGGCCAGCCAUGACUGUAAUUAUGAAAUUAGUUGAGUAGGGUAAACUUAGCCUUACUGAUAAAAUUUCUAAAUUUUAUCCAAAUAAUGAAUUCUCUUAAGAAGCUAAUGAAGUUACCCUUCUUCAAUUAAUGACACACACUAGCGGGUUUGGAUAUUUAGAUGAAUGGUUAUAAGCUCUUGAUUUAACUCUUUAGGAUUCUGUUUUAGGAAUUGCAAAAGGAGGUACAAUAAAUGGCAAACCAGUACCAAGAGAUAAUUUAUUUAAUACUCCUGGAACAACUGUUAUGUAUGGGGAUGUGAGCAUGUAAGUAGCUGGCGCUAUUGCUGAGAAAGUUUCUGGAAAGGGAUUUAAUUAGCUAUUUUAAGAGGUUUUAGCUAAUCCUUUAGGCAUGGUAAAUGCUAGAUUUACUGCUUUUGAUGGAGAGAAUGGUAAAAACGUGGCUAUAGCUGAUGGAAUGUUUAUUAGAAUGAUUGAUUACGCUAAUUUUAUGCUCAUGCUAAUGAAUGGAGGAGUUUUUUAAGGUUAAAAAAUAUUGGAAUAAAAGACUGUAGAUAUAAUCCUUCAAGAUUAUACGAGCAAUUUAAAAGUCGAUCCAAGUAAUUUAGAUGAGGCUAUAAACGGAAAAUUGAGUUUUGGAAUUGGACACUGGAUAUUAAAAAAUGGUACCUACCACUCUUCUAAUGGAAUAUACAAAUUUUAUAACUACUUUGAUACAACAAACAAUUACUUGGCUAUUUUCUAUUUGAAAACUGAUAUAGAUGAAGAAGAUGAAUCAGAUGAUCUAUUUGAUGAACUUUCUAUUAAAAUCGAAAAUAUCGUAAAAAAUAGCAGUUUUAAUUUAAUAACUAGUUUAAAUAUUUUACUAUUAAUCAAUAUUAUUAUCUAUUUGUGA